AGACACCACUAAGAAGAGCGACAUAAGCAAUCCUGCCCAUUCCUUCGAUAGCUCAGCUGGUAGAGCGGAGGACUGUAGAAAACUAACAGAGUCAUCCUUAGGUCGCUGGUUCGAUUCCGGCUCGAAGGACGGGAAUUUUUCCUGCCUGUUUUGAAUAUGGUAUCAUCUAAGAGUGUCGGGAUCAAGGGAGGGCAAUAGCCCCUCUGUCAAAGGAUGGAUGUGUUUCUCUUCCCAUAUCUCCCUGCUUUCUGGACGCCUCCCAAGUCACUCCCUCAACUUCAGGUGCUCGCGUUAGAUGGGAAGAUCUUUGCUGUCUGUGCAGCGCCCGGCACAAUGGGGCCCUGAUCUCAGCUGGGGCAGGGACUCUCUCUCCCUUUGUGUCUGUGCAGCGCCUGGCACAACGGGGCCCUGAUCUCACCUGAAAUAGCAGCUGGCCCUAAUAGGGACAAAAUUUAGGGUAAUAACCUAUCUCUCUGUGCAUGUGCAUCUUUAAAAUUUGUCUCCCAAGACUGGAUUAUGAAGAACAGACAAUGGUUGGAGCAAGGGGGUAGGGGUUGGAUGUCAGGGCAGCUGGGUUUUAUUCCCAGCUCUGGCAGGAGAGUGAGGGUCUCGUGACUAGAGCUGGUGGGGGGUUGGGUGUCAGGACUCCUGGGUUCUAUCCCCAGUUCUAGCAGGGGCAAGCUGGUCUAGUGCUUAGAGCAUGGUGGCAAAUGGGCGUCAGGACUCUUGGGUUCUACUUCCCCUCCUCACUGUUUAACCAGCAGCUAGACAUCUGUGACUCAGUUUCUCCUUCGGUACAGUGGGGCAAAUGCUUCCCUCCCUCUUGGGGAAUGUCAUUAACAAGCGUCUGCCGAGAGCAGGUGCCUUUCACAAGCUCUGCCUCGCUGUCAAGCUUUGAUCUGUCUCUUCCUCUCCAGAGUUGGCUGGAGCUUGCUGGAUUCUCCCCAGCUCUUUGCCCGGAAUGGCAUUUCCUGGCCUGGAGGCUUGGCCCUUUCACUAGUUACAGUGGUGACCUCUGGGCUCUUUGUCCUGCCUGUGCCCGCGACAGCCAUUGUACAUUUGGGCCAGGCCUAGCCCGUCCCCAAGAUCAGAGCAGCGCCUCUCCACUGCGCGGGGCAGCAUCAUGGUAAGCCUCUUUUCACUGGGGAAACUGAGGCACUGGACCUUGCCUAAAGUCACACAGGGAGUUAGCGGCACAGCCAAAGAUAGACCCCGGGAGUCCUGACUCCCAACCCCCUGCCAGUUCUAUCCCACUAGAUCGCACUCCCUUCUCAGGGCUAGGCACAGAACCCAGGAGUCCUGACUCCCAGCCUCCCCUGCUCUAACCCACUAGACCCCACUCCCCUCCCCGAGCCGGGGAGUAAACCCAAGAAUCCUGACUCCCAACCUUCCCGAGAUCACAACACCUUUGCAGAACCAGUCAAACCCACACGCUGCCUGUGCCGCAUUCCUGCCAGGGAGAGAAGCUGGCGGAGUGGAAGAACCAGACAGUUACGCAAGGGGAUGUUUACCUGGAGCCUCUCCAGCCCCUAGGGGAUGCUCCUCCCUCUCCGCCCACACCCUGCAUAAAGGGGAAGGAGUUGCCCGAGCAAAGAGAAAGGAGCCAUGGAAGGCCGGGGACCGGUGGCAGAGUUGCAGCGCUCCAUCAUCUGCCCUAUCUGCAGGGGUCCCUUCAAGGACCCGGUGCUGCUGGACUGUGACCACAGCUACUGCCGAGCCUGCAUCACGGGCCAGUGGGAGCGGGAGGGGGCGGGGGUGCUGUCCUGCCCCCAAUGCCAGCAGGUCUUCGAGCGGCGCAGCCUGCGCACCCACGUCAAACUGGCCGUGGAGGUCAAGAUCGCCCAGAACCUCAACGCCAAGACGGCCCAGGAGGCCAAGCCCCGUCGGCGGCGCGGCGGUUGGAUCCCAGUGUCGGUCAUGCCAGAGGGGCAGGGUGUCGGGAAUAUCUGCAGAUAGUGAGUGCCCCUUUCUUCUGCAUGGUCUAACGUGAUGCCGGACCCUCCCCAAACCGUCCACUCUGACCUGAGCCUCUCGGACAAUAUCAGGACCGUCCACCUGGGCUUUGGAGACCAGCCCUGGCUCCCAGACAACCCCUGAGAGAUUCAAUGUGCUCCCAAGCCAUGCCAGGCAGCCAGGGUGUCUCCUCCAGCCACAUGCAGCAGAGCUCGGGCGCGGCACAUACAGUGACCCCCUGUGGAUAGGCCUCAGCCUCGUGCCCACAGGGGUCCCCCCUCUGGGGGACAGGGACAAGCUGAAUGUCGAUGGACCAGCCCUGGGGACAGAUGCAGAAAUGUCUCCCCCUAAGAACAAAAGUGGGACCCACUGGCCCAUCUUAUGGAGCACAGCUGGGAAGAACCAUCUGGGGCUAAUGAUCAAAGCUGGCGCCCCCUAGUAGGGAAAGGCCCCAUGUCCCAUUUCCCCCCCACCCCCCCAGCCAGCUGGUCUCCCUGUCCUGGACCAGAUUGGAUCCUGGAACAAGAGUAGAGCCAAUGCCCCAUAGAGGGGAAAGGUUCCAUGUCCCAUUCCCUGCCCCCCGAGCCAGCCAGCCUCCCAACCCUGGGCCAGAUCACAGCCAUAGAAGGGAAAGGCCCUGUAUCCUAAUCCCCGAACCAGCCAGUCCCCCCAGCUUGGGGCCAGAUGAGGCCGGCCCAUAUCCCGUUCCCCUACCCCACUGAGUAUUUUCAUGCCGUCCGCUUUCUUGUCUCACCAGUUUUCCCUGCCGCUCUCCGCUGCAGCUGUGUUGUAUUCUUGUGUGGCUGCCCCUGGAGUUUGUAUUUAGUCCAGUGCAGGCCUCUAUUGUGAUGAAUUUUUUUUUUUUUUGAGCACAAGAGGAAAAAAUAAAC